CUUCACCCACCCAAAGUAGGUACCUAAAUUAGCCCAAGCGAAUCUUACCUAAGGUAGCAGCACAACCAUGUCGGCAACCGGAUCCCGACUCAUCGACCUCCCCGUCGAGAUCUUCCAGCUGAUCCAGGAGCACCUGGUCUCGCCGCGGGACUACUUCCACCUGGCGAUAACCUGCCGGGGGGCAUGGGCGCGGGACACGGACGUGCUGUCCUCGUGCAUCCUGCGGGACGCGCGGAUCCUGCGCGCGCAGGUUCGGGGGGGCGGCGGGGGGCCCUGGGCCGUCGAGCUCGCGGAUGACGCCUCCGUCGCCCGCUGGCUCGUCGACCGCGGCGUUCGCGUCAGGCCUAGGCACAUGUUCGUGCUGCACAAUAGGAGGCUGGUUCGCUGGGGGUCGCCCGAGUGGCACUAUUUUAUGUACGCUUCGAACCGGUCCGGCGGCGUUAAUCUAAGCUCCGAGGACGACUAUGAUUACUACUAAUACGGCGAAUAGGAAGACGAUAGUAGUAGUGAGUGAUACGGACCGCUUAGUAAG